GUGCUGGGGGCCAUCCUGGGCCUCGGCCUCACCGUCGUCGUCGUCGUCACGGCCGUCGUGGCUCUGCUGCACCGACUGCGCCUUAAGGAGGUGCCCGCCCAGGAGACCCCCCGGUACCGCUUCCGCAAGAGGGACAAGAUGCUCUUCUACGGCCGCAAGAUCAUGCGCAAGGUGUCCCAGUCCACGUCGUCCCUGGUGGACACCACCAUCUCCAGCACCUCCCGGCCCCGCAUGAAGAAGAAGCUGAAGAUGCUCAACAUCGCCAAAAAGCUGCUGCGCAUCCGGAAGGAGCAGCCGACGCUGCAGCUGAAGGAGCCGCCGCCGGCGGUGCUGGAGGCCGACCUGACCGAGUUCGACGUGGCCAAUUCCCACCUGCCCUCUGAGGUCCUCUACAUGCUCAAGAACGUCCGGGUGCUGGGGCACUUUGAGAAGCCGCUGUUCCUGGAGCUGUGCAAGCACAUGGUGUUCCAGCAGUGCCAGCAGGGCGAGUACGUGUUCCGGCCCGGCCAGCCCGACACCAGCAUCUACGUCCUGCAGGACGGCAAACUGGAGCUGCUGCUCACCGAGCCGGACGGGAAGGAGACGGUGAUGAAGGAGGUGUUCCCUGGGGACAGUGUCCACAGCCUGCUCAGCAUCCUUGAUGUCAUCACGGGCCACCAGCGGCCGUACCGCACGGUGUGCGCCCGCGCCGCCGAGGACUCCACCAUCUUGCGCCUGCCGGUCGAGGCCUUCUCCGCCAUCUUCGAGAAGUACCCCGAGAGCUUGGUGCGGGUGGUGCAGAUCAUCAUGGUGCGACUGCAGCGCGUCACCUUCCUGGCCCUGCACAACUACCUGGGCUUGACCAACGAACUCUUCAGCCACGACAUGCAGCCCCUGAGGCUCUUCCCCCAGCCCGGCCACCCCGCCCGCACCAGCCCCGUCCGGCACAGCAAGAGGGGCCUGGGCAGCGCCGAUGAGGGCCGGGAGCAGGCCGAGCUGCUGAAAAGUGCGGGGUUGGAGACCCCGGUGCCGCCGCCGCCGCCCCUGAGCCGCUGCAUCUCCAUGCCCGUGGACAUUUCUGGCAUCCAGAAGGGUCCCCGCUCCGACUUCGACAUGGCCUACGAGCGGGGCCGCAUCUCGGUGUCGCUGCAGGAGGACAGCACGGGGGCCAUGGCUGGAUUCACACGGUCGGUGUCCCACGAGCCCAAGGAGCGCAAGUCGGUGACGCUGGAGGAGCCCCCACCGGGGUCCCACCAGUCCAACUCCAGCGAGGACGAGGCGGGGCCGGGGCCGUGUCCCUUCGGGCCCUUCCAGGGCCGCCAGACCAACCUCGUCUUUGAGGCCGCCAAGCAGGAGCUGGUCAAGCUCAUGAAGGUGGAGGACCCCUCUCUCCUCAACAACCGUGUCCUGCUCCACCACGCCAAAGCCGGGACCGUCAUUGCCCGCCAAGGUGACCAGGACGUGAGCCUGCACUUCGUGCUCUGGGGGUGCCUGCACGUGUACCAGCGCAUGAUCGACAAGGCAGAGGACGUGUGCCUGUUCCUGACGCAGCCCGGCGAGCUGGUGGGGCAGCUGGCCGUGCUCACCGGGGAGCCCCUCAUCUUCACCAUCAAGGCCAACCGCGACUGCACCUUCCUCAAGAUCUCCAAGUCCGACUUCUACGAGAUCAUGCGGGAGCAGCCCAGCGUGGUGCUGAGCGUGGCGCACACCGUGGCCGCCCGCAUGUCGCCCUUCGUGCGCCAGAUGGACUUCGCCAUCGACUGGAUGGCCGUGGAGGCCGGGCGGGCGCUCUACAGGCAGGGGGACAAGUCCGACUGCACCUACAUCGUCCUCAACGGGCGGCUGCGCUCCGUCAUCCAGAAGGGCAGUGGCAAGAAGGAGCUGGUGGGGGAGUACGGCCGCGGGGACCUCGUGGGCGUGGUGGAGGCCCUGACCAGGCAGCCCCGGGCCACCACGGUGCACGCGGUGAGGGACACGGAGCUGGCCAAGCUCCCCGAGGGCACCCUGAACAACAUCAAGCGCAGAUACCCCCCGGUUCCCCCCCAGGCCCCCCCCGGGCCCCCCCCCAGACCCCCAGGUAUCCCCGGGUACCCCCAAGACCCUUCAGGUACCCCCCAGACCCCCCAG